GAGUUAAAACCAAAAAUCAACCGACAAAAUAUGAAACGGAAUCUAACCCAAUAUCUAAGUAUGUACAGCUGAUGAAGUAAACAAAAGUCCGCCCCCAGGCUUAUCUUUUAAAGAACGGCAGUGGGAGAGAACAGCUGAGACGGCGGGAUGUCUAUUCUUGUGACGGCGGUGUUGCCACACUUAUUCCAACCAAUUCCAACAUUCCAACAAUUUCACAAGUUUUAUUUUGUAAAUAAAAUAUCUAUAUAAAAUAAUUUCCUAUUAAGUAUGAAUUUUCGUGUAGACGUUUUGCUGUUUCUUGCAUUUAUAACAAAUGUGCGAUGUGAAUUAGAAGUUGUACGAGACGACGAGUUAGUUAAUUUAAUCCGAAGUGAGAAGUAUGUUGUGGCACUUUUCUCUAAAAAAUAUUGUGAAGAAUGCGUUAAUUUUGAAAACGAACUGACCGGAUUAAGGGAAGAUUUAGUAGAGAGCCUUAAUGCUUGGGUAGUUAAGUUAGUAGAUAGUACAAUGACCCGUUUAUACUCGCCAACAAAGGAACCUGCUAUAGUAUUCUUUAGGCACGGAGUACCCUUGUUAUAUGAUGGUCCUUUAACUGAUGAAGCUAUUUUACAUAUAUUUACUAAUAAUAAAGAACCAGCCGUUAAAGAAUUAAAUGAUGAUAAUUUUGAACAUUUAACACAAUCUUCUACUGGUGCCACUACUGGUGAUUGGUUUGUACAGUUUUAUACUACUGAUUGUAUAGAAUGUCAAAGACUUCAAGCCCGCUGGGAAGCUGUAGGGGCUCACCUUAAAUCAAGAAUAAAUGUAGCAAGAGUCAAUAGGGUAACAGCUGGUGCUAAAACUGCUAGAAGGUUUAAUGUGUUUGAUGUGCCUGUGUUCAUUCUUUUCAGAAAAGGGAAAAUGUACAGAUACCAUGAGCAAGACUAUCAAAUUAAGUCAUUGGUGGUCUUUGCUCAGGACUGGUAUAAAAAUGCUAAGCCAGAGCCUAUACCAGUGCCAAAAUCGCCUUUUGAUGACUUAAUAGCUUUAACUGUUACUAUAAUGAAGGAAAAUCCUUAUUUAUGGCAGAUUGGUUUUGCAACAUUUAUUUUGGGGCUGGUGGCCUAUAUUUUAAUGAUUUUUUUGAAGAAAAUACCAACAGUUCCUAAAUCAAAAUCAGCUCAGAAAAAAAGUUCCACCAAAAAGAGUUCAAAGAGGGAAUAGGAUUGUUAUAGAUUAAAUAACCUCACUGAUGAUUUAAUAAAAGUUUUACUUUAGUA